AUGUCGUGGAACGAAGAAGAACUCAUACAUACUUUCAACGGCAUCCGGUUUACUACAAGAUCCUCGCUGGAACUUUUACAUUCUUUGGUUUCAUUUGAUGCUAGAGAAGAUGACAUUCUGUUGGUUUCCUACCCAAAAUCUGGAACCCACUGGCUGGCGGAAAUCCUUACCCACAUCUAUGCAUCCAAAGUGGCUUUGACCUCUCCGAUUGAAUUUGGAGACCUUUCCAAACUGGAUCAACUGAAUCGUCUUUCCUGCAAAAGGAUCAUCCCGACCCACUUGGACAGCAACCUGCUUCCACCAACAUUCAGGGUCAAGCAUUGCAAGGCCAUUUAUAUAGUCAGAAAUCCAAAGGAUAUUGCGGUAUCCAUGUUCCAUUACUAUCAAGAGAACCCAAAUCUUCCCACCGUAGACUCUUGGCCGAAUUUCCUGGAGAUGUUCUUAAAAGGAGAUGUUGUCUGCGGAUCCUGGUUUGACCAUGUUUUAAGCUGGGAAAAACACUUGCAUGAGAAAAACAUCCUGUUCUUGUUCUACGAAGACAUGAAAAAGGAUCUCCCCAAGGUGGUGAAGAAAUUAAGUGCCUUCCUAGGGCUCAACCCCAGCGAGAUCCAGAUCUAUGAAAUUUGCAAAAGGGCUUCCUUCAGUGAGAUGAAAACCAAUACAGAAAAAGAAAAUUCUGAUCAAAGCCAUACGGUCUGCGUACUCACUUCCAACCGGAAAUUGAUAUUCCGAAAAGGUACCGUUGGUGAUUGGAAGAAUCACUUCACUCCCAAACAGAACCGGCUGUUUGAAGAGACAUUUAAGAAGAAAAUGACAUUCAGUGAAGUGGCAAAACAUCUCAUUUAUGAAUGCUGA